UAGACACGUCAUGGUCAACAAAAUUGUUAGUUGUAUAAAUAAUAAAUAAACUGCGAAACAAGACACUUUUGCAUGUGUACACGAUCGCAGCAUGGUUUACAUUGACCGCAGUGGUCGCGUCUGGGAGAAGCGUCCUUGGGACUUCCAACGUGUUGUCGAGAUAUUUAUAGGACUUUGGUAUCUGAUACUGCAAUUCUUCCAGACCCUAUUGGCACCUUUUAACGGUGGUAAUGGAAAUAACCGCAGCAACGAACGUCGUAGCACUGGUUGGGGUGGUGGCGGUGGAGGAGGAGGAGGAGGCGGUGGUGGUGGUGGUGGUGGCGGCUCCGGAGGAGGAGGUAACGGAGGUCUAAGGCCCAAUCGACGCAUUGGACGCAUACAACCAACUAUUAAUUGUAGUUCAUGCUCCAUGGGCGGUGGAUGAGGAUAGCAGCGGCGUCCAUGAGUCAAAAACGCUCGGUCGCCGCUGAACUACAGCGUAGUCGAAAAGCAUUCAUAUAUACUCCAUAUCGGUAUUAGAUCUCGCAAGAUUUUUUGCGCAUAUGACGCAGCAUUCAUAAACUCAAAGCUGAGUGGAAUGUGGCUGAAUGGGUUUAUGCUGAUUUGGAGCUUGUUCUUUUGGCUACGUUUUAACAAUAACUACACGAAUACAAAUUAGCUCGAUUUUAGCUUUAAA